AUGUCUGCUAUGAGGUCUAUUGUCACUACAGUUGAUGUUCCAAAGCUCAAGGACCCAAGCCUACUGAAACACACUGCGUUUAUUAAUAAUGAAUGGACCAAUAAAGAUGUAUCCGAGACCUUUUCUGUAUUGGAUCCUGCUACUGAUAAAGAAAUUGGAAAGCUACCAGAUAUGGGCGCUAAAGAAACCCGUGAGGCUAUUGAAGUGGCAGCAGAGGCCUUUAAAUCAUGGUCUACAACCACAGGCAAAGAACGACACGACCUUUUGUUAGCUUGGUAUAGAACCAUUAUGGACAAUCAAGAGGACCUUGCUACUAUCUUGACAUGGGAAAAUGGCAAGACCUUGACAGAAGCAAAGGGUGAGGUUGCUUAUGGUGCUUCCUUUUUCGAAUGGUUUGCUGAAGAAGCUGUCCGUACUUAUGGUACCGUCAUUCCUUCACAUAUCCCUCAUCAAAGAUUUAUUACAAUCAAGCAACCCGUUGGUGUAGUUGGCGUAAUCACCCCUUGGAAUUUCCCGAUUGCCAUGAUCACACGUAAGGUAGGUGCUGCAUUGGCUGCUGGUUGUACAUGUGUCAUCAAGCCUGGGGCAGAGACACCUUACUCAGCUUUGGCAUUAUGUGAGCUUGCUCGACGUGUGGGUAUCCCCGCUGGUGUAGUCAAUGUGAUUCCUACACACAAGCACGUAUCAGAUGUCGGAAAAGAGCUGUGUACAAACCCUACCGUCCGAAAGAUCUCUUUUACUGGUUCUACUGCUGUUGGUAAACUUUUGAUGGCCCAAUCAGCCAAUACAAUGAAGAAGGUCUCUAUGGAACUUGGUGGAAAUGCUGCAUUCAUCAUCUUUGAUGAUGCUGAUAUUCAAGCAGCCAUUGAUGCUGUGAUAGCAUGCAAAUUUAGAGGUACAGGACAGACAUGCGUAUCUGCCAAUCGUAUCUACGUACAAAAUGGUAUCUACAAGGAAUUUUCUACCCGUCUUGCUGAAAAAGUGAGUCAGUUCAAAGUUGGACACGGAUUCCACUCGGAGACAACUCAUGGUCCAUUGAUUAACGACAAAAGCAUUGAAAAAGUCAAGACACAUGUUGAAGAUGCUGUCAAUAAGGGAGCUAAUAUCUUGACGGGCGGUAAGCAUCUCGGUGGCUGCUUUUUUGAGCCUACAGUCUUGGCCAACAUGAAGAAACAUAUGACAAUUCAUUCUGAGGAGACAUUUGGCCCUGUUGCUGCCUUGUUUGGAUUUGAUAGUGAGGAUGAAGUGAUUUCCUUGGCCAAUGAUACAUCCUUUGGAUUAGCCAGUUACUUCUUCUCUCGUGAUGUAGGACGUUGCUGGAGAGUGGCUGAACGUUUAGAAUCUGGUAUGGUUGGUGUCAAUACUGGUAUUAUUUCUAAUUGUUACGCUCCAUUUGGUGGCGUCAAAGAGAGUGGUCUUGGUCGAGAAGGCUCACAGUACGGUAUUGACGACUAUACUCACAUAAAGUACAUCAACAUGGGUGGUAUUUAA